GAGCCGGAGCAUGGGGAGGCUCAACCUGCGCGGCUGCCUGGGCUGCGGCACCAAGGAGGACUUCACCCUGUCCGGCGCGAAGGAGAAGGGCGCUGGGGAAGAUGAGAACUCUGAGCGGGGCAACUGGUCCAGCAAAACGGACUACCUGCUGUCCAUGGUGGGCUACGCCGUGGGCCUGGGCAACGUGUGGCGCUUCCCUUACCUGACGUACCAGAACGGAGGAGGUGCAUUUCUAAUCCCCUAUACGCUUAUGCUGGCAUUAGCUGGCUUGCCUUUAUUUUUCCUGGAGUGCUCCCUCGGGCAGUUUGCCAGUUUGGGGCCAGUGUCCGUGUGGAGAAUAUUACCCAUGUUUCAAGGUGUGGGAAUCACGAUGGUCCUCAUCUCAACCUUUGUGACCAUCUACUACAAUGUUAUCAUUGCCUAUGCCCUCUACUAUUUAUUUGCCUCUUUUCAAAAAGUGCUCCCCUGGUCGGAGUGCUUUGAAUGGGCGGAUGCAAGGUGCGGCAGGAAUCGCACAGUGAAUUCGUGCGAUGCUACCUUAGGUAACACCACCGUUCAAGUCAACUCCUCCUUCCUCACCAGCCACAAUCUGACGUGUCUCAAUGGCAGCAUUAUCUACAAUAAAAUGCAGCCUCCCAGUGAGCAGUACUGGAACAAAGUGGCUCUUCAGCGCUCGAGCGGGCUGGACGAGACGGGCCACAUCGUCUGGUACUUGGCCCUGUGCCUCCUCCUGUCCUGGAUGAUUGUCGGGGCCGCACUCUUCAAGGGCAUCAAGUCCUCGGGGAAGGUGGUCUACUUCACAGCCCUCUUCCCCUACCUCAUCCUCAUCAUCCUGCUGGUGAGAGGCGCCACGCUGGAGGGGGCUAUGGACGGCAUCGAGUACUACAUCGGGAGGCAGUCCAACUUCACCAAGCUGAUGGAGGCGGAGGUGUGGAAAGAUGCAGCCACUCAGAUCUUCUACUCCCUGUCCGUGGCUUGGGGCGGGCUGGUCGCUUUGUCCUCGUACAACAAAUUUCACAACAACUGCUAUUCCGAUGCCAUUUUUGUCUGCGUUACAAACUGCCUCACCAGCGUGUUUGCUGGGUUUGCAAUAUUCUCCAUCUUGGGACACAUGGCUUUCCGGGCGCAGAGACCCGUCUCAGAAGUGGUGGACUCAGGGUUCGAUUUAGCAUUUGUCGCCUAUCCAGAGGCUCUCUCCCAGUUACCAGUUGCUCCCCUAUGGUCCUUCUUGUUUUUCUUCAUGCUUUUGCUCCUGGGUCUGGACUCUCAGUUUGCUACCAUAGAAACCCUUACCACAACCGUACAAGAUGCAUGUCCCAAGGUGAUGAAGAAGCUGCGAAUUCCUAUAACCCUGGGAGUGUGCGUAAUCCUUUUUCUUCUCGGCCUUGUCUGCGUCACUCAGGCUGGAAUCUAUUGGGUUAACCUAGUGGAUCACUACUGUGCUGGCUGGGGGAUCCUGAUCGCAGCCGUCCUGGAAAUAAUCGGCAUCAUCUGGAUUUACGGAGGGAACAGAUUCAUUCAAGACGUGGAAAUGAUGAUCGGGAAGAAGAGCUUCCUCUUCUGGCUGUGGUGGCGAGCGUGCUGGUUCGUCAUCACGCCUCUCGUCUUGUCUGCCAUUCUGGUCUGGUCGGUGGUCACGUUCUCAGCUCCCACGUACGGCAUGGUGAAGUAUCCUGCCUGGGGCAACGCUGUGGGCUGGUGCAUGAUCGCCUUCUGCAUCAUCUGGAUUCCCAUUUUUGCAGUCAUCAAAGUCGCGAAAGCUAGAGGAAACCUGUGGCAGCGCAUUGUAACCUGCCUGCGGCCAGCUCCAAACUGGGGGCCUUACCUGGAAUCGCAUCGAGGAGAACGAUACAGCCACAUGGUGGAUCCCAAAAAGGAGAAGGACCAUGAGAUCCCGACGGUAGCGGGAUACGUGCACAAGCCUCAGUGAGACGCCGAGUUCCUCCUGCAGAUUUUUAACCUGAAUAGGAUUUUUUUAAUGUUAGGAGCCAGUGAUGCAAAAGAAGAGAGGAAGCCAUAGUAUUUAUUAUUAGCACUGAAUGUUUGUGGAGCAACCGGUCAUGGACCAGGGGCUGGACCCCAGGAGGGCAGCGAAGUGUGUCCCAGCCUCCCCGGGAAAGAGGGGCCGGGUAUCCCCUACCCCGUCCUGUGGGGCGCGGCGCGCAGCUGGCCUGCAGAUGUUGUUCCCGGCUGCAGGGGGGCUGGGGCAGAUGGGGCUGUGCUGCGCACACCACAGCCCAGACACCCCUCCUGCCUGCUCCAGCACCUCUCAAGGGGUGCCUGGGCAGGCUGAUGUCUGGCCACGUAGCCUGGGCACCGAGCAUCAUUUCCGCAGUAGCGGGGCCCAGGAUUGGAGGCUGAGACAAACGCGUGUUUGUGGAGCUCACGUCUCUGAUACAGAGCGGUGAGCAGCUGCCGAGCCCUGCGACGAGGGUACGAUGCAGCAGAGUAGCUUUCUGCACAUUUCUAUCCGCUGGGAUCACAAAUGGGUCGCUGUCCUGUCGUACGAGCACAGUCGGGAGUCACCGACCUCGCGCAGCUGAGUAAAAGGCAGGGUAGAUUUGCACCUUCUAGGCUAAGCAAAGUA